AAACAGAGACCUAAUUAAAAAGAAGCCACCGAGAUCUCUCUUCGUCGCCUGACGAGUUUUCGAAGAAUCUCCGUCAGUUUGGAAAGAAAGAGAGAUGCCACACAGAACAAGGCCUUUGACGGGACUCUUGCUUUUCACUGGAAUCAACGCUGUUUUGGUGCAGACCAUCACUCCUGUCUAUGACUUCGUCUGCUUCUUGCCCUACUGGGAGAGAAGGAGAGAGCGAAUCCGGAAGGAGCGUGAAGCGGUGGCUGCAUCAUUAAACAGCAACACCUCAGCACAUAAUGCUACUCAAGCAUCUGUUGGUUGAUGCAGUAUCUAAGACAGUCGCAAUGUUUCCUCUGUGUAAUCCAACUGUUUACAAUCUCUAGCACUGAAUAAUUGAGAGCCUGCAGCUACAAUUUUCGUAAUGGCCCAUAUAAAGGCCCAAAUUUGGCAUGUUGUCUUUAUGUUGCUGCAUAUGGCCCAUUAGUAUCGAGUAUUGUUAAGUUCAGAAGUCGCAAUCUAUGUCAUAAACUCAUACUCAAUGGAAAUUCUACAACACAA